GCCCACCCAGGGCUCCAGCAUCCUCCUAGUCCUGGAGGCUAUCUUGAGGUCCUGGCUUCGGCUGAAGAGCCUGGGGGGCGUCGGCCUGGGUCGCAGAGGGGCAGCUGCUGCCACACUGAUAUGGAGCUGAAGGGCGGUCUCCGGGAGGAAAAGGAGAAAGAGGAAGAGAAGCCACAAGGACAGACAAGACUGGCGCCGCGGGGACAUGAGGCCCCAGUUGGAUGAGGGGGAGAGCAGCAGCAGCAGUAGCAGCAGCAGGAGGAGGACCCAGAAGCCCCAAAGCCCCGAAAAGUUCCAGCGAGUCCGGAACAAGAAGAGGCGCAAAGGGGGCCAUGUGGUAGGGUUGAGCCAGCAGCGGCAGGCAGCCAACGCCCGGGAGAGAGACCGCACACACAGUGUCAACAGCGCUUUCUCCACACUCCGUACCCUCAUCCCCACAGAGCCGGCGGACCGCAAGCUCUCCAAGAUCGAGACCCUGCGCCUGGCUGCCAGCUACAUUUCCCAUCUAGCAAACGUGCUUCUAUUCCCACCCGAGACGUUUGGGGGUGCCCAGGCCCGUCCCCCGCUGCACUAUCUGCCCUGCCUUCGGGACAGCGAAGAAGGUGCUGGUGGCAGCCCUUAUGGGAGUGUAGGAGCCCCGCGGCCCAUCUGCACCUUCUGCCUCAGUCACCAGAGAAGGGUGUACAAAGAAGGGGAGAAGCAAUGAUCUGUUUAAAGUUUAUGUGGACAAUCCCUCAGAUGAGAAGCUUGUACAAGUAUUGCACUGAAUAGUGAACCGGUUCAUGUAACAUCUUGACACUUAAACAAUGUUUACAUGAAAUACAUUAAAUUAUAUAAAGAAGUUAUGUUUUAGCACAUACAUGGAGAUAAAUAUGGAUCAUCCUUAUGUCUUACAUUUUGAUAAAUUUAUUCAGGUUAUCCUGCAAAUGAAACCUGAUACUGGGGGCAAAAGUUGCACCUGGUGUGACAGCUAUUUUAGUGCCAGAAAUGUUAAACCUAGCCAUCAUAGUCCUGAUAUUCAGGGCUUGAAAAGUAGGCCACAGGAUGAAACCUGAGCUUUGAGACUUGAAAUAUUUUCUGUCAGUGGGGACUGUCAUAAUAACAUCAUCAUUGACUGAGUUUUGAACAAAUAUUGGACUGAGCAUGAUCAGCCUCCCAUUUUUCUAGCUCUAUGCUCCAACUUUGAUCAGGGUGAAAGAAAGAAAUCAAUAUAUGCCAUCAAUAUUUUUUUUUCUCUUCAAGCUAGGGAAACAAGAAAAUGGUUAAUGAUUAUCUAAUGUGGAAAAUGCAUCUUUGCCUCUGGGAAUAGGGGUUUGCCAACCCACAAAUGUCACAGAGCAAAGUUGUCAGUCACUGUUUAAAAAUAUAUAGAGAUGAGGGGGCAGCUGGGUAGCUCAGUGGAUUGAGAGUCAGGCCUAGAGAUGGGAGGUCCUAGGUUCAAAUCUGGCCUCAACCACUUCCUAGCUGUGUGACCCUGGGCAAGUCACUUGACCCCCAUUGCCUAGCCCUUACCACUCUUAUGCCUUGUAGCCAAUAUACAGUAUUGACUCCAAGAAGGAAGGUAAGGGUUUAAAAAAAAAAUAGAGAGAAAUGACUGUGAAGAGAUUGCUUACCUCUACCCCUUAAUCCUAUAAAUAAUGUUGGCUUUCAUUAGAUAAAGUAACAGUAACCUCUCAUUCUAAAAUUGCCCUCUCAUAUCAUAAUUAGAUACAUUUUGUAUUUUUAAACUUGAUCAGAUGCAACACAUUUAAUGUUCCACCAAAGUUAUGCCCUGUUGUGUCUCCUGGGUGCUAUAUUGUCAGUUUGGUGUUCUCGGUUAUGGAGAAUACUAAAUGAAGUAUUCUUGCUGAUAUUCACAUAUAUUGGUCAAAAGUAUAUAGAAGCAGGGAUAUGGUAUGAAUGAAAGAUUUUAUUUAAUUUUUCUCAAUGUACUUAAUAAGUGUUCAAUACAAGACUAAGUGUUUUGGGAAAUGAAAUAUUACAUGUUUAUUAUUGUAUUAUCAUAAUAUCAUAUCAUUGUAAUGUAAAUAUAUCAAUAAAUGUAAUAUUACAUUAAUAAUAUUGCAUAUUAUUAAUAUUGCUGUCUUCACCCUCAAGUAGUUUAUACCCUAUUUGUGGGAGAUUAGGCAGGCAAAUGUGAAAUAAUAAAAUUAUUUUUAAAAACAAUAUAACUUGAAGCUAACUUUGAUCAUAUAGACCACACAUAUUAGAACUGUGCAGAGAAGCAAGGGGAAAAAUAGAACUAUAGUCUGUCAGAGGGAGGAAUCACUGGAUAGACAUUUUUUCAGAUUUGUUCAUGAUACAUUGAUGAAAAGAGAAAAAAUAUGGAGGUAUUGUACUUUUAGUAGAUAGGAUCUCACUUAUUUAAACUUGAACUUCUGAAUUCUUUUUUCUGGAAGAGGAAAAAAAUGGCAAAUUUUCAAUAUUUUAUUUAAAACCGUCUCAACUGAGAUAAUGUAUGUAAAGGACCUAGCAAAUUUUAAUGUAUUAUAAGAAUGACAGUUAUUAUUUUAUUUAUAAAAUUAAUUAUUUAAAAUAUAUUUGAUGAAAAAUGUAAAAACUUUUUAAUCAGUCAUUAUAAGCAACGACCUUAAUUUUGGUGCCACAUCCUGAAGUAUUUUGUUGUUGUUGUUAUACCUGAAAUGUAACUACUGAUUGGUAUGGGGCAGUUUUCUCCUCUAUACUACCUGUUUCUCAGAUGUAACUUCUUGUGAAGAAAUAAAUGCUAUUCUAUUGA